AGGCCCGCGGGCCAAAUGUGGCCCGCCACCUUGUUUUAUGUGGCCCGCGAGAGCUGGUGCAUUAUUGUCUGAAAAUAAGUUCACUGUAUGCUGCUUAAAAGCGCACGUUGACCGUAAACUACAUCUCCCACAAUGCAUUUCGACGCGCCCGUCAAGGAAACAGUCGUCCUGCAGUAACCCCGCUAUGCGUUCAAUACACCGGUGGAAAGGAGAAAGUUAACAAAACCCCAACAUGUCCAAGAAGAGAAAGAUUGAUGCACAAGGAAGGCUGUUUCACGAACGAUGGGAAAACGAAUACCUGUUUGUACUUCAAGGUGAAAAACCGGUAUGUCUUGUAUGUUAUGAGGCGGUGUCGGUCGUAAAAGAAUAUAAUCUACGUCGGCAUUUUGACACCAAACACGGAGCUCAGUAUGCUAAAUUCAGCCUCCAAGAAAAACAAGGAAUAGCAGCAGAAUUAAAAGGCAGACUGCAGUCGCAGCAGGAUGUGUUCAGAAAAGCUACGGGCAAAAACGAUGCAGCAGUGAAAGCCAACUUUAUCGUGGCCGAAGAAAUCGCCCGAGCUUCAAAGUCUUUUUCAGAGGGUGCAUUUUUGAAGCAGUGCAUGCUGAAGGUGUGUGAGCAGGUGUGCCCCGACCAGAUACAGACUUUUAAAAAUGUCAGUUUGUCAAGAAACACCAUCGUGGACCGAGUUAAGGAACUGGCAGGAAAUCUCUCAACACAGCUGGCUGAAGAGACACGGAGCUGUCUAGCUUUUUCAUUAGCUGUGGAUGAAAGCACAGACAACGUGGAUACAGCGCAGUUAUCCAUUUUUAUUAGAGGAGUGAAGCCGGACCUCUCUGUCCUCGAAGAGCUGUUGGAUGUAGCCGCCAUGCAUGGGACCACAACGGGUCGGGACAUUUUUGAGGCAGUGGAGAAGUCCGUAAGUAAGCAUAAAUUGCCGUGGGAAAAGUUGGUGGGACUAACUACAGAUGGAGCACCUGCGAUGCGUGGAGGAAAAUCAGGCUUGGUUGGACGAGUGAAGGAGAAAUUGCAAGAAAGUAACUGUCACACGCCCCUGAUAACCUAUCACUGCAUUAUCCAUCAAGAAGCUCUGUGUGGAAAGGUUCUGGAGCUGGAUAAUAUAAUGACCACGGUCAUGAAAACAGUGAACUUUAUUCGAGCGCGCGGCCUGAAUCACCGGCAGUUCCAGCUGCUCUUGCAGGAGAUGGGCUCGGAGCACGGAGAUGUGCCGUACCACACAGAAGUAAGGUGGCUGAGCAGGAGCAAAGUCCUCAAACGAUUUUUUGAGCUGAGGGAAGAAAUUGUUUUUUUCAUGCAGAGCAAAGGAAAACCGUUGCCUGAACUAUCAGAUCCAAACUGGCUGUGUGACUUUGCUAUGUUGUGCGACAUAACCGUGCAUCUCGCUCAUCUGAAUGAGAAACUCCAGGGACGUAAACAAGUCAUCACACAGAUGUCCGACAUGAUCACAGCUUUCCAGCGAAAACUCGAUCUAUGGAAGUGUCAGGUGGAACAGGACAAUCUCGCCCACUUUCCUGUUUGUCAAAGCAUCUCAGCCUCCAUUCCCGGUGCUUUUUCAUGUUCUCGGUUGGCUACCAAACUGAACCGGUUAAUGUGUGAGUUUGAUCUGCGCUUCUCUGACUUUAAAGCGCAGCAAUCUGGUUUUGACAUUUUUACAAAUCCUUUCACCACCGACGUCUGUAGUGCACCCCAUCACCUUCAGAUGGAGUUAAUUGAGCUUCAAAGUGACAGUGGCCUGAGAGCAAAGUUCCAGGAUUCUGCAAUCGAGGACUUUUACCGUCUCCUGCCCCCUGGUUUGAUGCCACAGCUCCGACUUCAUGCUGCUCGUGUUCUGUCCAUGUUUGGGAGCACCUAUCUGUGCGAACAGAUGUUUUCAAUAAUGAAUGUAAACAAGACCAAGCACAGAUCACGCAUCACCGAUGACAACCUGCACGCUGUUUUGCGGAUUGCCUCAGCACAAGACCUAAAACCAGACAUUGACACCCUGACCAACGGAAAAACGGUGCCAGACAUCCGGCCAGAAAAAAUAGAACAUGAUGAUCAAGAUGAAUGAGGAUGUGUGAGAUGGCGUCUCAGGAUGAGGAGGGAUCUACUUGUGUGUUCAAGGACAGGCAGCAUUUUGUUUUGAAAAAUGCUGCUUCUUUCAUAUGUUGGUUGUGCCAUAGUCCUACCCCCCUUUGACUUGAAUACAUAAUAAAUACAGAAACAGUUAUCUAACAAUAUAAUAAGUUGUAGUUUCAUUUAUUUUAAAUUCCAUUGCAUUUUGUUUUCAUACUGUUAAUGUGGCCCUUCGAGGCGAACCAUUAUGCUGAUGUGGCCCUUGGUGAAAAUGAGUUUUACACCCCU